CCACGAUCGUCCACACCCACACAACUGGGUCGCUUAGAUCAUGCAAUCGAAUCUCAAUUGGCGACGGUCAACAGAGCGUGGGUGCAGCUCUGUCGUCUCUUGCCUUCGCGGCUUUUCUGCCCGUUCCUCUGUUCUUUCCUUUCCUCUUGUUUCUUGUCCUUGAAUCUCUGUUCUCUUGCGCUGGAUCCGCAUGCUUGUCGACUUUAUCAGGAGACAGCCGUUUCAUUUCGGACCCUUUGGCCAGGGCAAAUCUAUAGUGGAUGGACUCCGCAAGGACGCCCAGAAGUUUAAGGACUUAUUUCACCCUGGGGCUGGUAAUUCUCCAGCCCAAACCCCCCCUUCAAACCCGCCGCCCGGAUCCAAUAACAACGCCACUGGUGGAGGAGCAGCUGCCCCGUCCUCGACUGGAACCUCGACAUCGGCUGAAACCUCGUCGCAUACUACAACGCAUGCCGAUGCAACUACCAGUAGCACCUCGACUUCAGUCCAAACGGAUUCUCCCACACAAACGCAAUCUCCCACCAGUUCGACCACUGUACCGUCCAAAACCAACACCACUCCUUUCACUACCUCAGCGCCUUCUCCUUCCUCUCCACCGGACGCGAUUGCGCCAACGUCGGUCUCGUCUCAGGACUCUGUCAAGUCUUCUGCGAGCCUAACUGCACCAGCGAGUUCCGCAUCGGCGGUACAGUCGCAGUCCAUCUCACAGUCCUCGGCCUUCGCACUGUCGACGGGCGCAUCUGACAUCGCUCCAGAGAGCACAGUGCAGCCAAAAGCGUCGACGAGUGCCACUUCCCACGCCCCAACUGGCGCGAUAGUAGCCGGUAUCCUUGGCGCUCUAGCGCUGCUGACUAUCUUGAGUCUGGGUGCCUUCUUCCUGCUGCGAAGACGGCAGAGACGUCGCACCGCGCCGUCCGAAGACUUCAUCCGAGAGAACUUCAAUGUCGUCUAUCCUUCGGCUUACUACGCAGCUGAAUCACAGUCGUACCGGAGCAGCAUGUCCUUUACAGAUCCCGCUCUCUCGGUCUAUUCGGAGGAAAAGUCUAGCCACCGGUCUAUGAUCGAUUCCCGGCUGGAAUAUCCUUGA